AUGUCAAAUCCAAUUAUUGAAUCGCAAAAUCUAAAUAAUGUUAACAACAAAGAUACAACGCGAGGAUUUUAUAGCACAUCACAAAUGGCCCACGAUACAUUCGACCUCUUGAAUCACCUGGGCUGGACGACAAAAGUGCAUCUUGUCGGUAUUUCGAUGGGCGGGAUGAUCGCUCAGGAAAUGUCAUAUGCAAAACCAGAGUAUUUUCAGUCGCUGUGUCUUACUUCUACGCAUGCUGGAAGUUUUCCGCCUAUUGUGGGCGCUUUAACUAUUCUGAAGAUGAUGUUUAUUAGAGAUCGGCAAAAAAAAAUUCCAAUAUUUGUUGAUCUAAUUUUUCCAAAGCCUUGGUUAACUUCUCCUGCGCCAAGUAACUCGUCGUAUGCAACUAAUAAUGAGUAUUUAUAUGAUUUAUUAAGGCAACGGAUUAUGAUCACGAAAUCCGCAACGUUAACUGGAACAGUGGGCCAAAUAGUCGCCAUACUAACACACAGAGUAUCACGUGAACGUCUACUUCAUAUCCGCGAGAACAUCCCCCGAAUACUAGUCAACACUGGUACCUGGGAUAAUUUGGUCAAACCGAAGAACAGUUAUUUUUUGAAAGAUCAAUUGAAUGCUGAUUUUCAUGUGUUUGAAGGUAGCGGACACGGCCUGCCGACCGAACAAGCAGAACGAUACAACGCGGGGUUGGAGGAUCAUUUUCGUAAGGCUGGAUUUGUAGUCGCUGGAUCGACCAAUCGUUCAAUUUUAUAA